UUGAGCGUGCGGUCGCUGUAUCCAUAUGACGGACAACGAGCGGAAGACCUCUCCUUUAGCGAAAAUGUCGUCAUUUCAGCGCAUCCAUCUAAAUCAGGUGAUGACUGGUGGCAUGGCACUCUCGUGAGUAAUGGAAAACGUGGGUUCUUCCCUGCGAGCUAUGUUGUUGUCAUCGAACAAGUUACGCAUGCUAGGGCGUUAUUCACAUAUCACAGUUCCAGCGCGGAAGAACUUUCGUUUAAUGAGGACGAUACCCUAAGCAUCGUAGAGAGGUCUGAGGGUGACUGGUGGAAGGCUCAAAAGGAUGGAAGCGUUUUCUUAGUGCCCGCUGCUUAUCUUGAGGUGGUGAAUGUAACAACUCCCACGUCUCCCACUUUGAAUCGACAAGCGUCGGACAAUAUCAGGACUCCUGGAAGGAGCCGCGGUGACAACGAUGAUUAUUCUGAGCACUCGCAAUACCACUCAUUUUCAGAGUCGGACGAUGAGCAGCAAAGCAGCAGUGUCAAACCUGAAGAUACGGAAGUUGAAUUUCAACUGAAGGCUGCUGAACGGGCCCACAUCUUGGAAGCGGCGGGUCUGAUAUUGAAGAUGGAUAAGACGGAGCCACCGCCACCUCGCCCGACGAGGAGAAGGUCAGCGAAAAACCGAAGAACGCCUCCUCUUCCACCUCAGAAGGAGCCAUCGCCAUCUUCUGCUCGGUACAAAGAAUUACCCCCGAUCCCCUCUGAAAUAAAUAAUUCCGUGUUGCAUGAUGACGACGCUUUCGACCGCUAUGAGCAGUACCGUCAGCAGCAAUCCUCUAUUCAAGGAAUGUCGAGCCCCCCAUCGGUUACUUCCAUAGACAACGUUCCGCCUUCUCCCGCCAGCGCUUCGUAUUCUUUCGUAUCUAUUCAGUCCAAAGAUGACAGUAGUCACCGCAGUGGCGGAUCUAGUUUUUUACUCUUCCUUCAGAAAGCUGGUUCACGAGCAACGACAGCCCUCAGUACUGAUAGGAAAUCAACUUUAACAAUAUCAGCUCCGGUCAUAUCCGCUCCGAUGGCCGACGCAGGGACCUCCAUUCAGCGAUCAAACACCCCAGCCUUCGGGAGUUCCUGGAGUAGCCUUGUUGAUGAGUCAGCGUUAGAAGGGAUCCCAUCCAUGGAGAGAAGACGCCAAGAGGCCAUGUUCGAACUGAUAACUACUGAAAGUGGAUACGUGCAUGAUCUCCAGCUCAUCAUCGAGACGUUUUAUGCACCUCUUCUCAAGAUCUUAACUGAAAAGGAAUCAGUAGGAGUUUUUGCGAACAUCGAAGAACUGCUUCUGUGCAACACAGCCUUCUUGAGUUCACUCGAGGGUCGGCAGAAGGAAUCACGACUCUAUAUCGAUAGCAUUUCAGACAUUCUGGAAGAGCAUGCUCCGGGAUUUGAUAUCUAUGCCGGUUACUGUGUUGGCCAAGGCCCAGCCAUAAAACUCCUUCAAACUCUUAGGGAAACCAAGCCGGAUUUGGAUGCAUAUUUACAAGAAACGAGGAAUGAUCCGGCAACCCGAAAUCUUGACCUAUCCAGCUACUUGCUUAUACCAAUGCAACGAAUUACCCGAUACCCUCUGUUGCUGAAACAGAUAAGCGCAAAUACCCAGGGCGAUGAAGACAGGAAGAGAAUCGAUUCAUCUAUCCAUACAAUAGAACGCAUUCUUGAUAACAUAAAUGAGCGAAUCCGGGAACGGGAAGGUCAGGAACGGUUGGCUAGUGUCUCUAAGAAUCUUUGGAUCGGUCAAGGACGACUUGAUCUUACUGCUGCAACGCGGUAUAUGGGACGCCGGACACUCGUAAAGGAGGGUGUACUAAUCAAAGCCAAGAGUGGACGCAGGCUCCGGGCAUUUCUAUGCAAUGAUGUCCUCGUUCUUACGGAUGAAAGUGCGAAUUCAAUCUAUAGAAUGGCGAGUCCUCCUGAAACACGAGUUCGUUCGGGGUUGGCUCACCUUGAUGACAGCCUAUUCCCCUUUCAAAUUUCGGUGGCAUAUCCGAGAGGAGGGGACAUUAUCAAGUUGAAAGCAACUUCUAUCAAAGAAUGUCAAGAUUGGAUUCGAGCUAUUGGCAACGCUUCAGCGGAAUGCCGAAGAGCAGACCGUAGGGCAUCUCACACCAGUUUCUGA